CCCCCGAAGGAGAGGAGCAUCCGCGCUGAGGUCCAGCAAGGAGACGGACGCGGGAGCCGCGGCUGCACCGGGAGCCGGCGACAUGGCCGAAGAACAAUCAGUCAGCUCCUGGAGCAGAAAGAGGCCCCUAGUGUCGGACCAGAGAAACCCGGGGAGCACCCGGCACCCAGACGAGUCCAACAGUUAAAAGUGGAAGGUAACCUGACCCACCUGCAGGCUCCGGCAGGGACGGAACCCGAGGGGCCCGUCUCCGCCCUCGGAAGCUGCACCACACCGCCCGGCAACCGCGCACGCACGUCCACAGUUCGAGAGCCAGAUUUCUGCAACACCACAACAAUCCCGUCACUACGGAGCCGCGGAGAGGACAAACGGAGGCGCCCGCGCCGCGCCCCGCCUCGCGCGGAGCACACUAUUGGUCCUCUGCUUUCCGACACCCGCCUCUCUCUAACCUUUCGUCCUGCCCCUUGGUCCGAGAAUUGGCCCUCGUGUCUCCGCCCCCGCUGCUCAUUGGCCAGGCCGGCUGCGGGUGACAGUGAGUGGCAGACGGCGGCCUAGAGCUCCGGGUCUGGCCGAGCCCAGCCGAACCGACCGGGCCCCUGGAAUCGCCCGGGUCUCAGUUCCUGUGGUGACACGCGAGGCUGGUUAUUGGAACCCCCAGGCCCAGGCUGGAUUUGGCCUCCGGUGCCCACUCAGCCCCAACUGUCCAACCAGGGCAUCCAGGACUGGAGUGGAGCAGACACUGUCCAUGGAGCUGGUGGACAAGGUGGACAGGGGGCGGCGGUGAUGGCGCAGUUUGACACUGAAUACCAACGCCUAGAGGCCUCUUACAGUGAUUCACCCCCAGGAGAGGAAGAUCUGUUGGUGCACGUUGCUGAGGGGAGCAAGUCACCUUGGCACCACAUUGAAAACCUUGACCUCUUCUUCUCUCGAGUUUAUAAUCUACAUCAGAAGAAUGGCUUCACGUGUAUGCUCAUCGGGGAGAUUUUUGAGCUCAUGCAGUUCCUCUUUGUGGUUGCCUUCACCACCUUCCUGGUUAGUUGUGUGGACUACGACAUCCUAUUUGCCAACAAGAUGGUGAACCACAGUCUUCAUCCUACUGAGCCCGUCAAGGUCACUUUGCCAGAUGCCUUUUUACCUGCCCAAGUCUGUAGUGCCAGGAUUCAGGAAAAUGGCUCCCUUAUCACUAUCCUGGUCAUUGCUGGUGUCUUCUGGAUCCACCGGCUUAUCAAGUUCAUCUAUAACAUUUGCUGCUAUUGGGAGAUCCACUCCUUCUACUUGCACGCUCUGCGUAUCCCCAUGUCUGCCCUUCCAUACUGCACAUGGCAGGAAGUGCAGGCUCGGAUCGUGCAGACCCAGAAAGAGCAUCAGAUCUGCAUCCACAAGCGUGAGCUAACGGAGCUGGACAUCUACCACCGCAUCCUGCGUUUCCAGAACUACAUGGUGGCCCUGGUGAACAAGUCCCUCCUGCCCCUACGCUUCCGCCUGCCUGGCCUUGGGGAGGCCGUCUUUUUCACCCGUGGCCUCAAGUACAACUUCGAGCUGAUCCUCUUCUGGGGGCCCGGCUCUCUGUUUCUCAAUGAAUGGAGCCUCAAGGCUGAGUACAAACGUGGUGGGCAACGGCUGGAGCUGGCCCACCGCCUCAGCAACCGCAUCCUGUGGAUUGGCAUCGCCAACUUCCUGCUGUGCCCACUCAUCCUCAUCUGGCAGAUCCUCUAUGCGUUCUUCAGCUAUGCGGAAGUGCUGAAGAGGGAGCCGGGGGCCCUGGGGGCGCGCUGCUGGUCGCUCUACGGCCGCUGCUACCUCCGCCACUUCAAUGAGCUGGAGCACGAGCUGCAGUCCCGCCUCAACCGUGGCUACAAGCCCGCCUCCAAGUACAUGAAUUGCUUCUUGUCACCCCUGCUCACACUGCUGGCCAAGAAUGGUGCCUUCUUCGCUGGCUCCAUCCUAGCUGUGCUUAUUGCUCUCACCAUCUAUGACGAAGACGUGCUAGCCGUGGAGCAUGUCCUCACCACAGUCACCCUUCUGGGAGUCACCGUGACUGUGUGCAGGUCCUUCAUCCCAGACCAGCACAUGGUGUUUUGCCCUGAGCAGCUGCUCCGUGUGAUCCUCGCUCACAUCCACUACAUGCCCGACCACUGGCAGGGUAAUGCCCACCGCUCGCAGACCCGGGACGAGUUUGCCCAGCUCUUCCAGUACAAGGCAGUGUUCAUCUUGGAGGAGUUACUGAGUCCCAUCGUCACACCCCUCAUCCUCAUCUUCUGUCUGCGCCCGCGGGCCCUGGAGAUUAUAGACUUUUUCCGCAACUUCACUGUGGAGGUUGUUGGUGUGGGAGAUACCUGCUCCUUUGCCCAGAUGGAUGUUCGCCAGCAUGGCCAUCCCCAGUGGCUGUCUGGAGGGCAGACUGAGGCUUCAGUGUACCAGCAAGCUGAGGACGGGAAGACAGAGUUGUCACUCAUGCACUUUGCCAUCACUAAUCCUGGCUGGCAGCCACCACGUGAGAGCACUGCCUUCCUGGGCUUCCUCAAGGAGCAGGUUCAGCGGGACGGAGGAGCUGCCGGCCUUGCCCAAGGUGGUCUGCUCCCUGAAAAUGCUCUCUUCACGUCCAUCCAGUCCUUACAGUCCGAGUCUGAGCCCCUGAGCCUCAUUGCAAAUGUGGUAGCAGGCUCGUCCUGCCGAGGACCUUCACUGUCCAGAGACCUGCAGAGCUCCAGGCACAGAGCUGAAGUAGCCUCUGCCCUGCGUUCCUUCUCCCCGCUGCAACCUGGGCCGGCCCCCGCCGGCCGGGCUCCCAGCACCAUGACAGGCUCUGGGGUGGAUGCCAGGACAGCCAGCUCCGGGAGCAGUGUGUGGGAAGGACAGCUGCAGAGCCUGGUUCUGUCAGAAUAUGCGUCCACCGAGAUGAGCCUGCAUGCCCUCUAUAUGCACCAGCUCCACAAACAGCAGACCCAGGCUGAACCCGAGCGGCACGUGUGGCACCGCCGGGAGAGUGAUGAGAGUGGAGAGAGUGCCCCUGAAGAGGGGGGAGAGGGUGCCCGCGGCUCCCAGCCCAUCCCCCGCUCUGCCAGCUAUCCAUGUGCUGCUCCUCGGCCUGGAGCUCCCGAGACCACCGCCCUGCAUGGGGGCUUCCAGAGGCGCUACGGGGGCAUCACAGAUCCUGGCACAGUGCCCCGGGCUCCUUCUCACUUCUCCCGGCUGCCCCUUGGAGGAUGGGCUGAAGAUGGGCAGCCAGCAUCAAGGCACCCUGAGCCUGUGCCAGAGGAGGGCUCUGAGGAUGAACUUCCCCCUCAGGUGCACAAGGUGUAAAGCCUGAAGAGUUCCCCAUGCCCCAGGAUGGAGGCUACAGCUGCCCAGCCAUCCCACCCACUCACCAUGGGAGGCUCCUCUGAGUGUUGCCUGGCUCCACGUGUGUGGUGUUUGUGUGUCCGUGCCUGGCCAAGGGAGGUGCCAACACUGGGCUUGCCACAGCCCCAGGAGAACUUGAGACCUAGGGACUAGGAAUGCUCAAGGCUCUAGCCUCAUCCCCAGGACUCCCUUGGCUCAGAGUGUGGUGCUAGAAACUGGUCCCCAGCCCAGCCCCAGUACUGCCACCCUUGUGCCCACCCCUGCGAGUCUCCAGAGGGCUUCCCACCACAGAAGCUGCCAAGCAGGGAGAUCCUGUGCCAACUGUAGAGUGGGAAGGUUGGGCCUGAACCCUCAACCCCUGCAGCCUACUCCCCACCCAGAACCGAUGAGCAGCUCAGGCUGUGGCCCUUACCUCACCUCCAGUCCCCGCCCAGUACUGCAGCCAGCUCGCCUCUCCUCCUUGCCCAUCACUGGCAUGUGUGUGCCGCUUGGUCCGUUCUGUUCGCUUGCUCCCCUUCGGUUUGGCUUUAGCUUUUCGUUGGGGUGAAGGCCCUAGCUUCCAGCUCCUCUCACACUAUCUUGACACUAAGAUGGAAGGUUUCUAAACUGCAGGAGCAGGAUGAAAAUUCCUUACUGCCCUCUCCGAUUUUUAGGAUGGGGCCUUGGGAGUGUAAGGCCUUCCUGGACCCCCACUGCUGCUUAUUGUACUCCCCACCACCUGCACUUGGGACUGACAGGGCUGGAGUGUGACCUCAACUGUAUGCAUCCCUGCAAGAGAUCUCUGGCCCAUCCCUCGGUCCCUGAUAAGUGGAUGGAGGGGAGAUGAACUCUCGGAAGGCUUUGGGCUGCUGCAUUGCAUGCUGGGAUUCAGCUCCUGCUCCACCCCUCUCCCAGCUCUGAUCCACUGCGGGAGGCAAACGCAGCUGCUGGUGGUGAACUCAGCUGCCCCAGUCCACAGCAGAACAGGGUGGGGAACUGUGUACAGCUUGACAGUCCUUAAUAAAGAAGGGACUUUGA